GCAGCAGGGAGACUCUCCCUGUCUUCGGUAACGCGGUUAACAGCCUCGGUCGUUGGCUUCCUCCCAUUUUGUGUGCAGAUGGACCGCACACCGACCGCACGGCUCCCGAAUUUGCCGCCUGACGACAGACAGUCCAGGUUGACAGAGGACACAGCGGUUCACAACGUCAGAAGGACGCAUAAAGCGGAUGAUUGGAGUUAGAGCAAAGUGCAGACAGGAAGCCGCGUCUGCACAACUUUCCCUUCCAUGAUCUCCAACGCACGCCAUAAUGGAGCGGAGUUAUGGCCAAGUCCCGGGUCGGCUGUGGCUCUCGCCGAUUGGCAUCUGGUAUUUUUUGGUAUUAUGUGUCGCACCUGUAAUGUUGCACCCGCAGUGUUUGGACUUUAAGCCGCCCUUUCGACCGCUGAGGCAGCUGGAGUUUUGCGUCAUGUACAAGGAGUUUGGCUGCUGUGAUUAUCAGAAAGACCAGGAACUAAUGGCAAAGUACUACCAGAUUAUGGAUAAUUUCGAUUAUUAUGGAUAUGCCAACUGUGCUGGGUUCGUCCAGGAGCUGCUCUGCCAGGUAUGCUCUCCCUAUGCAGCUCACCUCUUUGAUGCUGAGGACCCGAGCACCCCGGUCAGGACCAUCCCCGGCCUCUGUCCUGACUACUGCUCCCAGUUUUGGAAGAAGUGCAGCUCCACCAUCCCUUUCCUGUCUGAUGACCCACACAUAGCCACAGUCAAAAAAGACCAGACACGUCUCUGCCAGUACCUGGAGCUAGACGACGUGGACUACUGCUACCCACACCUCCUCAGCAACCAGAAGCUCACCAAAAACCUGGGCCAGGUUCAGUCAGACUCGGACGGCUGUCUUCAGCUGUGCCUUGAAGAAGUUGCAAACGGGUUGCGGAACCCGCUAGCCAUGGUGCACGCCAAAGACGGCACACAUCGGUUCUUUGUGGCAGAACAGGUGGGCUUGGUGUGGACAUACCUUCCUGACCGGUCCAAACUGGAGAAACCAUUUUUGAACAUUACUAAGGCAGUGUUAACUUCAUCAUGGGAAGGUGACGAGAGAGGCUUUCUGGGACUGACCUUUCACCCCAAUUACAAGUACAACGGAAAGCUGUAUGUGUAUUACUCUGUGGAAGUUGGUUUCGAUGAGAGGAUCCGGAUCAGUGAGUUCCAUGUGUCAGCCAACGACAUGAAUGUGGUGGAUCACACCUCUGAGCGGGUUAUUCUGGAGAUUGAUGAACCAGCAUCAAACCACAAUGGAGGGCAACUUCUAUUUGCAGAUGAUGGCUACCUGUACAUUUUCACAGGGGAUGGUGGAAUGGCAGGAGACCCAUUCGGGAAAUAUGGGAAUGCCCAGAACAAGUCAGCUCUAUUGGGUAAAGUUCUCCGCAUUGAUGUGGAUAACAAUGAGAGAGGCCCGUUGUACAGAAUUCCUCCAGAUAACCCCUUCAUACACGAGCCGGGGGCACGACCUGAGAUUUAUGCUUACGGUGUCCGCAAUAUGUGGAGGUGUUCUGUGGACCGAGGUGACCCUCGUACCAAAGAGGGCAAAGGGCGCAUCUUCUGCGGGGAUGUGGGCCAGAACAAGUUCGAAGAGAUAGACAUCAUCGAGAAAGGUCGGAACUACGGCUGGAGAGCCAAAGAGGGCUUCUCCUGCUACGAUAAGAAGCUGUGUGCUAACAACACGCUAGAUGAUGUCUUGCCUAUUUAUGCGUACCCUCACAAAAUGGGCAAGUCAGUGACCGGUGGCUAUGUGUACCGAAGCUGUGAAUACCCCAACCUGAAUGGCAUGUAUAUAUUCGGAGACUUCAUGAGUGGGCGCUUGAUGAGUCUGCGGGAGGACAGAAACACAGGGCAAUGGAAAUACAAUGAGAUCUGUAUGGGCAUGGGCCUGACCUGCGCCUUCCCCGGCCUCAUCAACAACUACCACAAGUACAUCAUCUCCUUUGCAGAGGAUGAAGCUGGCGAGUUGUACUUCAUGUCGACGGGAAUACCGAGCGCUACGUCACCUUCAGGAGUCGUUUAUAAAGUGGUGGACCCCUCAAGACGCGCUUCACCGAGACAAUGUCACUACGACCCUCUUCCUGUCAGAGUGAAAAGUAACCUCAUCAAGUUUGUUCCACAGGAAACAUUAAUUGGCGUUGAGCCACCAAGCAAAAACAAGCCUGAGCCACAACCCACAGAGUCCUAUGACUGGCUCCAAGAGCUCAUUGACAGUCUAGGUGAAUUAGGACCAGACCCCACCACCCCUUUGCCAACCACAACUACCACCAAACCACCCAGACAUUCGAGGCGGAAAGGCCGACGUAGGAAGGGCAAAUCCAGAGCAGAGAGUGCGCCCGAGCUCCAGAAUGGAGCAGUGAGGCUGGUUGGGGACGAAGAAGGCCGCAGCGACCACGGACGGGUGGAGAUCUACGUUAACGGGGAGUGGGGCACCGUGUGUGACGACCUAUGGACCACGAAGAACGCUGUAGUGGUUUGCCGGCAGCUAGGUUUUCGGUACGCUCUGAAGGCAGCCAAGAACUCAGAGUUCGGGGAGGGGAAGGAUCUGCGGAUUAUUCUCGAUGAUGUUCAGUGUGAAGGGACAGAGUCCAGUCUGCUGGAGUGCCGACAUGCCGGCGUGGGGACGCAUAACUGUGCCCAUUACGAAGACGCUGGGGUGAUCUGUGGCAACUCGGACUAUGUUGUGGAAGUCUAAAUGUUUGACUACUAUGAAGUCUGACCAAAUUAUCAUUAACUAAACCUUAAAAUUCACCCUUAAUUUAAAACAUUUCAACACUUGUAUUUCAAUAUGGAGAAUAUUCUUAUUCCCAUGACUGUGCACACCAAACAUAGCCCUUUGUGCCAUGAUAUUUCCAGCAGGUAAAAUGGAGUUAAAUAGUAUAAAAGUGAUCUUAAAUUUCUGGAUUUUGUCGUCAGUCCAUCACUAGGCCGAAAAACAAAGGGACAUUCUUGGAGCAGUGCAACCACAAUACGUAGUGCUUUGCAUAAGGGGCAUGGAACAAAUCUUUCAAUAGAAGAAAGUUCAGGAUCAUAAUCUGAAGCAGGAGGUGAUUUAGGUUGAGGCAAAUUAUUUCAUCAAAGCAUUAUUAGAUAGCCUGCCCUAACUGCUGGAAUGAUUAUAUCUAACACUUUAACCAUAUCCCAGGGUGGGGGGUCUCCUACUUGCCAGUAAUUGGCACAAAUCACUCACACAGGUAAAUGUUUAUGUAAGAUUUUAUUUUUAAUUUGUCCUUACAGACUUUUGAAUGUUUAAUUUGAAUGUAUGUUUGGCACUAUUGUAUUUGCCUCCUCAGUGAUUUGUUACUGUAACAAACUUAAGGGUCUGAAUGCCACUCUUCCUAACGUUUUAAAUGUUCAAUACCCACUGACUGAAUGAAUGUACGGUUGUAGCAUGGUUAUUAUUUUGGUAAAUGAUAUUAAUAAAAGCUUUGUAGUUUC